UCACGACUAUAAUCAGUGUACGGACACUGAAAACUGAUAGAGAAAUUCGUCUACGUGAAUUAGACGCUUUUUUUUUUUUCGUUUUUCGCGACCUUUUUUAUACGCUCAGACAUAUCAUAAGAAAAUAAUAAUUAAAAAAGAGAUCGACUAACACGACAUGGCUUUCAAUUUAUUCAAUCGAUCCGCGAGUAAAGUAAUCAGAAAUGCGGUCGUACCGUCGUCGACGUCGGUUACAAGAGGGCUGUUCACGGGUGCUGUUCGGUCGGCCAAAGAAGACAAAGGAUUAGAACAGGUUUACUCCAAAAAAGAAUCGCUUUUGCUGGACACUAAUAAUGUCAUUGGAAAGUCAGCCAACACGAGUGUUCAGAAUUACAUCGAAGUUGAUAGCAAAGUAGAUUUGAGUACUGUCACCGGUGUACCCGAAGAACACGUUAAAACUCGUCUAGUAAAAAUAAGUAAAGCUACCAAAAAUGUUAUGCAAUCCGGUACUGACAACACUCAUAAUUGGGUGAUGGAAUUUGAUAACAGAGAGCGUUGGGAAAAUCCAUUAAUGGGCUGGACAUCAACUGGUGAUCCAUUGUCAAACAUGAAGAUUGAGUUUGUUGAUAAAGCUGAUGCCAUCAAUUUUUGUGAGAAAAACGGAUGGAAGUGGUACUUAGAAGCAGAGUCCAAAGCCAGACCCAUAAGAGCUAAGUCUUAUGCAAACAACUUCUCGUGGAAUAAACGCACGAGAACUUCUACCAAGUAAACAUACACAGUAAUUGUGUAAUAAUAGUUAAAGCGAUCCAUGUAAAAAAAAAAUAUAUUAUAUUAUGUAUUUAAUUUUCAAUUGUAAAACUCUUGCUAUAGUGUAAAUUAGACACGCCGUUUUUCAUAGGGUAAUAAAAUACAAUACUCAUUUGUUGAAA